CAUUAUUUGUGGAGACCUGGCACGUUUAUGCAGCAGAGCAUCAAAGGACUGCUCUGCUCUCUGCUCCAUCAAGUUCUGUCCGAAGACAAGAGAAUCGCAAUGGAAAUUUUAGAGAGGCAGCCUUUUAUAUCGAGGAAAGAUGCAGAUACCGACUGGACUACACUAGAGCUUGAGACAACUCUUUCGGAUUUGAUACAAAACUCGGCUUUCCUACACUUGGUGCUUUUGGAUGGCUUGAAUGAAAUCGCCGAUGCACCGGACAAAGGAGCUGGCCGACUUUUAGGCCUCAUUGACGACCUUUUCACUGCAAACCAAAUCAAAGUCUGUGUCUCUAGCCGCCCUGAGCCAGCCUUGAAGCGCGUACUCGAAAAGAACCCUAUGCUUAGAAUUCAGGAUCUGACUAAUGGAGACAUUUGCUUGCUUACGCGAGAGCGACUUGCGGCCAUGGAUACUGACCUCGACGACGACGCAACCAACAAUUUAUUCAAACAUAUCUGUGAAAAGGCUGAAGGAGUUUUCAUCUGGGUCAUCCUUGUUCUAGGUAGUCUCCGACGAGGUCUCGCCAACUACGAUGAUAUGGACACUCUUUACAGUCGCGUGGAGUCCCUGCCCAAAGACCUUACGAAGCUGUAUAAGGAAAUGUGGUGCCGAAUGAAAGAAGACAGCGACCUCUAUCGAAGAAAAACAGUGUUG